AAAAAAAAAAAAAAAAAACAGUAACCUAUCAUGGCUAUGGAAAGACUUUGCGGCUUCGAUAAAUUGAAUUUGAUGAAGAGCCAUCACAUGACAUCCAUGGAGUUCGGGGCCCAUAACCUAUCCUUGGCCACAAGCAACUUUACCAAUCCGUAUGCUCUGAUGGCACCACGCUAUCCGAACCCCGACAACACCUUGCCCAAGCUGCUUCACGAGUGUCCUGAGGUGUGCAAGGAGAUCGAUCAUGGAACCACCACCAUCGGCUUUAAGUAUCAGGGUGGCGUGGUUUUGUGCGCCGACUCGCGUGCCACUGCCGGCUCUUAUGUGAACUCGCAGACGGUUAGGAAGAUUGUGGAGCUUAACGACUAUAUGCUGGGCACAAUGGCUGGAUGUGCUGCCGAUUGCACUUACUGGCAUCGAGUGCUAACUUAUGAGACGCGUCUCCACGAGCUCCGCUUCCGCCAACGCCUUCCUGUGGACUCCGUAGCACGCAUUAUGAGCAAUGUUUCGUACCAAUAUAGGGGCAUGGGUCUGAGCAUGGGCAUGAUGCUGGCAGGCUGCGAUAGCCAGGGGGUUAAGCUAAUGUAUGUGGACUCGGACGGCGUACGAUUGGAUGGCAAUUGCUUUUCGGUGGGAAGCGGCUGUACCUUUGCCUUGAGCUAUCUCGAUACAAACUACAAAUGGGAGCUAACCGAUGAGGAGGCAUAUGACUUGGCACGUCGUGCUAUUUGUCAAGCCACAUACACUGACGCCUUCUCAGGUGGGACGGUACGUCUUUAUCACAUCACUCCUAAAGGCUGGAAGAAUAUAUCCAACACAGACUGUAAGCAGCUGCGCGAAAUAUAUGAGGCCGACAAAAAGGAGAAGCUCGCCGAGAAGGCUGCCCUAGAGAAGCUUUAAAAACCGUUGUUACCUUUGCAUAUAUUUAUUUGCAAAUAUUUAUUUCGCGUUUCACAAGCCCAGUAGCAUUUGAAACGAUGUAUAGUUGCAUACCUGUUUGUUGUUUUCUAUUACUAAACACUUUCCAUCAAUGAUGGAAACCCAAAAUGCCACAAAUACUUACUUCUAUAUAACAAGCUACUAAUAGCUAGACCAGAUGAUUUGGCGUUUAUUAUAUUUGAUAUUGAAUUUUCUGUUUU